GCAAAACCCCAAUUGUUUUUCUUGUCCUUUCGGAACACUGUGUUCUCCCCUGCACAGCAAUUCGGUCUCUGCCAAAGUGGUGCGUUUUCAAGUGAAACCAUGGACUCUGGCUGACAAGUGGGUUAAAUUGCCCACUGUGUGGGGCAUCACGGACUCUCAGGUGAUGGGGGUGGGGGGGGACGACAAGUCUUCUCCUUCUCCAGUGCUCAGUUAUGCUCCUAGUCGCUGUGCAGCGUUGAAUGUGUUGUACUGGCAGGAAGCAGGGCUACCUGCUCUGUGGAAGGAGAAAAUAUCAGGCAGCGAGUGCCAAAGGCAGGAUGUGGGGCUAGCUGGACCAACGGUCUGACCUUGUCUGGCAGGUACAGGGCAGAGGAAAGCUGCCAUGUGUCUAUCGAACUGAGCUGCUGUGAAAUACAAACCAGGUACAAUCUGGCCAGGAUCACAGAAUCUGCAAUUCUGCGACUACUAGGCAAAGUGGGGGUGGGGGUGUGAGCAUGUAGCAUUGGUGGAGGCCCUGCUCUGCAGGGUUAUCAGUCUUGCUGAGUAUGCAGAGAGAGGUAGCUCUUGACCCAGAAACCCUGAGCUGCGUUUCUGGAAGGGCUGAGCAAUUAGGGAGCGAAGCUGCCAGAACACCAGGUGGGUGGGGGUGAUGACCCCAGCUGGAGGCAGAGGGGACCAGGACACUGGAGAUCUGGGUUCUAAUCCCAGCUCUGCCACUGAGUCUGCGUGACCGUGGACAAGUCACGGAGCCUCUCUGGGCCUUGGUCCCCUCCAGUGGGGACAUCCCUAUGUAGACUGAGCUUGUUGGGGCAGGGUGUGACAUGAGGGGGCCCUGAUAGCUGUCUGAGCUCUUGGUGGUGUGACGGCAUGCCCUGACACCUCUUCAGGCUGUGUAGGUGGCUAGCCCCAUGUGUUGCUUUGGGGUCACUUGGGUAGGGCUGGAAACCAAUUGCCGUGAGGGCUGCAUGCCAUCCUGAAGGCCUUGUUUAGCAUCAGACCAGGUGUAGCCCAGACAGCAGCAGGAUCACCACAAGGGGUUCCCACCAGUGGAGUGUGUGUCCUGUUGUGUCCCUGGGUGGGUGGUUGGCAGCGGGGAUCGAACCUGUGAUCUCUGAAUCUGAAAGCCUGAGCUAAAAGAGCUCACCACCGCUUGUGUAGGUUUGGGUGCCACACAGGAUUAGGAGAACAUCCCUUUAAAUAGCUUGUGAGCCCACUAGGGGUGCUCACUGUGUUGUAGGGGCUUCCCUAGGCCAGCUGGUGUAGUAGGAUGUACAUAGCCAGGCCUUGUAUCUCCAUAAACAUGGGCAGAUGGUCCCCAUGGUGCCUGUGUGGCUUCUGCGUAGGGGGUUGGUGCUGGGUGAAGCGCGAAAGACCCAACACCUGCAGCCUGCUCCACUGGCACAGCCAGGAUCACCUCCACUCGCAUGCCAGCUCAUAGACCUUCUCCCUGGAGUAUUUUGAAGGGUACCAGCUACGGGCUCUACCCUGAGGGUGGGGAGUUGUGCUGGCCCAUUCCACCCUUCUGCUCUCUCUCCAAGCCGAAGAUGAACGUGGUGCAUGCUUUGCGCUCGGAGCGCCGGGCUGGGCCGGGAGUGGAGGCGAUGGAGCGGCCGAACCUGCGGGCAGUGGAUCAGCUGAGCCCGGAGAUCAAGGUGGAGAAAUACGUCCUGCUGAGCCUCGAUGGAAAGCUGCUGGGGCCAGAACUGAGCCGGAUCCGGAGUGAGAUGGCUCUGCCCCUGGAGCGCCUGGAUGUGGAGCUGCCCCAGGAUCUGCCCAAAGGCUACCUCUCGCGCCAGCGUCGCUCCCUGCCUGCCUUCCCUUUCUCUCCUGCCAAGAGCCCCUGCAACUCUCCAGGCCUCAGGAGCCCCAGGAGGAGCACAGAAGCACUGUGUGCUGGCCACUUCCCCUUGGGGCUCAGUCAGCUUGUGACAGGGAUGCAGAGUCCUGGGGUGCGAGCCCCUGUGUUGGCCUCUCCUCGGGGCGCAAGAAAUCCAUCUGCACAACCCAGCGUUUCCCCAGCCAAGGUCACUGGCAGCAAGACCAAGGCAGGUGAAGGCCUAUGCCACAGCCAUGGGCCCCGGAUGCAGCCGGAGUCUGACAGGAAGCAGCAACAGACAAUGGGUGGAAAAGGGGCCUGCUAGGAAUGACUGGUGGGGCAGGGGGUGGUGGAGGGGACAUGAGUCCUGCUCCUGGCUGGGCAGGACUUGUAUCCUCUGGGAAUUGCUGGUGUCUCAGGGAGGGGGUGGAACUGUACUCGAGAGCCAACUGUUUUACAAACCCAGCAGGGGCCGUGAGUCCUCCAGGCACAAAGGGCCUGGCUGCACCCAGCCCUGCUCCCCUCUGCAGUUAAUGUUGUAACCAAAGAAAUCCUAAAUAAAAGACA